CUGAAUCUCUCUUCUGUGUUUGGCAAAAUUUAAGUUUUAUAUAUAUAAAUAAAUUCAAAACACUUAUUAUACCCUCUCUGAUCUCUCAAUGCCCAUCAUGUUGCCACUCCUCCUUACAACUCUAGUUCUCCUAACGACGUCGUUUUUCAUCUUCUCUUUACUAUACGACACCCUUUCUUGCUACUGCUUCACUCCUAGACGCAUCAAGCACAAGAUGGCAAAGCAAGGCGUGCGCGGCCCUAAACCCCGCCCUCUCCUCGGCAACAUCCUCGACGUCGCCGCCCUCCUCUCCAAAUCCACCUCCUCCGACAUGCCUUCCAUCUCUCACGACCUCGUCCCCCGUCUCCUCCCUCAUUUCCUCGCCUGGUCCACCCAGUUUGGGAAGAGAUUUAUAUUUUGGAAUGGGAUUGAGCCAAGAAUGUGUCUGACAGAAACGGAUUUGAUAAAAGAGCUUUUGUCUAAAUACAGCGCCGUUUCGGGCAAGUCAUGGCUUCAACAACAAGGCUCUAAGCACUUUAUUGGCCGUGGUCUUUUAAUGGCCAACGGCCAAAAUUGGUUCCAUCAACGCCAUAUUGUCGCACCCGCUUUUGUCGGUGACCGACUUAAGAGUUAUGCGGGGUAUAUGGUGGAGUGUACAAGGGAGAUGCUGGAGUCAAUAGAAAAUGAGGUGAAAUCGGGGCGAUCAGAAUUUGAAAUCGGCGAGUAUAUGACAAGAUUAACGGCGGAUAUAAUAUCGAGAACGGAGUUUGAAAGCAGUUACGAAAAGGGAAAACAAAUCUUUCAUUUACUUACUGUUUUACAGCAUCUCUGUGCCCAGGCCAGCCGCCACCUCUGUCUUCCCGGUAGCCGGUUUUUUCCAAGUAAAUAUAACAGAGAAAUAAAGGCAUUGAAAGGGAAAGUGGAGGAAUUGUUAAUGGAGAUAAUACAAAGCAGAAGGGAUUGUGUGGAAAUUGGGAGAAGCAGUUCAUAUGGGAAUGAUUUAUUGGGAAUGUUGCUAAAUGAAAUGCAAAAGAAAAAAGAUGGGAAUGGUUUGAGUUUGAAUUUGCAAAUUAUAAUGGAUGAAUGCAAAACAUUCUUCUUUGCUGGCCAUGAAACCACUGCCCUUUUGCUCACUUGGACUGUCAUGUUAUUAGCUACUAACCCUUCUUGGCAACACAAGCUUCGAGCCGAAGUUAUCGCUAUCUGUGGUUCUGAAACGCCCUCGUUUCAUCAUCUUUCCAAACUUUCUCUGUUAGGUAUGGUGAUAAAUGAAUCGCUAAGACUAUACCCACCAGCAAGUAUUCUUCCAAGAAUGGCAUUUGAAGAUAUAAAACUUGGAGAUUUAGAGAUCCCAAAAGGAUUAUCAAUAUGGAUUCCAGUGUUAGCCAUUCAUCAUAGUGAAGAAAUAUGGGGAAAAGAUGCAAAUGAAUUCAAUCCAGAAAGAUUUGCCAAUUCAAAAGCUUUUACUUCUGGUGGUUUCAUCCCUUUUGCUUCUGGCCCUCGCAAUUGUGUUGGCCAAUCUUUUGCUCUUAUGGAAACUAAGAUCAUCUUGGCUAUGCUCAUCUCCAAAUUUAGCUUCACGAUCUCCGAUAAAUACCGACAUGCACCCGUUGUCGUCCUCACUAUAAAACCUAAAUACGGCGUUCAAGUUUGUUUGAAGCCUUUGAAUACACAGAGUUAAUACUUGAAUGCAUCGUGAGUUGCACCCAUCUUUUUGUACCUCGUUCCAACCAGACACUAGAAAGAAUAAUUUAAGGAAAAAAAAAAAAAGAAUUGAUUGGACAGCUGAAAUAGAUGGGUGUAGCGUAGAAUGCACUCAAGUACUUUUCCUUAAUAAAUUUUCUCUAAGGUAGAGUUUCUUUUUCCUUUUUGAGACGAGAGAGAGAUUUGGUCAUUUUUCACUCGUUUGUUUUUGUUUUUCUUUUUGCUCUCUCUUUCUGUUUUUGUCAUUGUGAAGAGAAAGAGAGAUGUGGGAGAAUAUGAAGUUUGGUUGUAAUGUUAUAUUUUGAGCAAUAUUAAA